AGUUCAGCUCCGUCCCUCGCAGGCUGCGCACGCUCCCUCCGCGGCUCCGGGAGGAUGCGCGUUUCGGGUCGAGUCUCCGGCCGGUCCGAGGCUGUUCUAGCGGAAGCGUAGAUGUUCUGAACAAUGGAGCGGCUCCUUGGAGCUCUGACUGCGGGCAUGCUUCGCUGUCUGCUGCUGCUGUGCGCCGCGGAGGCGCAGCUGGGAGCCGAGGUGCCGACUUUCCAGGGCUUUUACAUCCAGCCUGCUGGCGCGUCGCGGCUCACACCUGCGCGGAGGACGGACGGCGUGGUGCGCACGAUCGACCGGAUUUACCACGGCGGGGGGAAGGUGGGCUACCUGGUGUACCUGGACGGGAGGCGGUUCCAGCUGGACAUGGAGCGGGACGCGUCGGUGCUGGCGCAUCACUUCAGCCCCCAGUACGUGCUGGCUCUGGUGGGGCAGAGCUCCGCGCCCGCGCAGCGGGAGUGCGCGUACCGCGGCACGGUCAACUCGGAGCCGGAGUCGCUGGCCGUGCUCAACCUGUGCGGCGGCGGGCUGGAGGGCUUCUUCGCCGUCAACCAGUCGCGCUACACCAUCACCCCCAUCAUCCGCGCCAGGGGGCACGAGCACGACGUGCGCGCGCUGCAGGACAAGGACGCGGACAGCGCGCUGCACGUCUUUACGCGCGAAAGUUUCCGCUUCGAGGCGGCCGACGACGGGCGCGAGAGCUGCGGCACGCGCGACAGGGCGCGCGGGGGGAGGAAGAGGAGGCUGCACCGGGAGGAUGAGCGCGGCGCGCGGCGCAGGAGGUCGGUGUCCCGCGCCAGGCACGUGGAGCUGCUGCUGGUGGCGGACGACAGCAUGGCCAAGAAGUACGGGAAGGACCUGAACCACUACCUGCUGACGCUGGCCUCCAUCGCCUCCAAGCUGUACGGGCACGCCAGCAUCGAGAACCCCGUCCGGCUGUCCGUGGUGAAGGUGGUGGUGCUCGGCGAGCGCGAGAAGGGUCUGGAGGUGAGCAGGAACGCCGCCGCCACGCUCAAGAGCUUCUGCAAGUGGCAGAACCAGCAGAACCCGCUGGACGACGACCACCCGCAGCACCACGACGCGGCCAUCCUCUUCACCAGGCAGGAUCUCUGUGGCCAUCACUCCUGCGAUACUUUGGGCAUGGCGGACGUCGGCACCAUCUGCUCCCCAGAAAGAAGCUGUGCCGUCAUCGAGGACGACGGCCUUCACGCGGCUUUCACGGUGGCUCACGAAAUCGGUCACCUGCUGGGCUUGUCCCACGACGACUCCAAGUUCUGUGAGGAGCGCUUUGGGGUCAACAGCGACAAGCGGCUCAUGUCCUCCAUUCUCACCUCCAUUGACGCAUCCAAGCCCUGGAGUCGCUGCACCUCGUCCACCAUCACCGACUUCUUUGAUGACGGGAACGCUGAGUGUCUCCUGGACUCCCCACGUCAGUCCCUUCUCGGCCCGGAGGAGCUCCCGGGUCAAAGCUACGACGCCGUCCGCCAGUGCCGCCUGGCCUUUGGCCCAGAGUACACCGUCUGCCACGGCAUGGACGUCUGCUCCCGACUGUGGUGCUCAGUGAUUCGCCAGGGACAGAUGGUGUGUCUGACCAAGAAGCUGCCGGCGGUUGAGGGAACCCCCUGCGGGAAGGGACGGAUCUGCCUGCAGGGGAAGUGCGUGGACAAGACCCGCAAGAAGCACUACUCGACGUCCAACCACGGCAGCUGGAGUUCUUGGGGUUCGUGGGGUUCGUGCACCAGAACCUGUGGAGGUGGGGUGCAGUUUGCGCAGCGUUUAUGCAACAACCCACCACCAAGGAACAACGGCCGCUACUGCACUGGAAAGAGAGCCAUCUACAGGUCCUGCAACGUCACUCCGUGCCCACCAUCAAAUAAAACUUUCCGCCAGGAGCAAUGUGAAGCCCGAAAUGGUCCCCAGACAGAUCCUAAAGGGGUCAAAACCUUCGUGGAGUGGCUGCCAAAGUAUGCAGGGGUUCUCCCCAAAGAUGUCUGCAAGCUAACCUGUAGAGCCAAAGGAACGGGGUACUAUGUGGUGUUUUCACACAGGGUGGUGGAUGGGACAGAAUGUCGACCCCACAGCAGCUCAGUGUGCGUGAAAGGCAAAUGUGUGCGCACAGGGUGCGAUGGUAUCAUAGGCUCCAAGCUCCAGUACGACAAGUGUGGGAUAUGUGGAGGCGACAGCACGGGAUGCAUACGGGUCGUUGGGAAUUUCACAAAAAAGAGCAAAGGCUACACGGACAUCGUGAAGAUCCCUGCUGGCUCCACGCACAUCAAGGUCCGUCAACACAAGGCUAAGGACCAAACCCGAUUCACUGCCUACCUGGCCUUUCGACGGCCCAAUGGAGAGUACCUCCUGAAUGGCAAGUUUAUGAUCUCUACGUCAGAGACGAUCGUCCCUCUCAAUGGUUCCUUGCUCAACUACAGCGGCUGGAGUCAGCGGGAUGAGUGGCUUCAUAGCAUGGGCCCUGGAGCUCUCAAAGAACCUUUGGUAGUCCAGAUUCUUGCUACGGAUGCAAAAAAGUCAUUGGAUGUGCGCUAUAGUUUCUUCAUGCCACGAACGACAUCACCACAGCAACUGUUAGCCCCAAAGAUGACUCAGCCACAGAGCACCACCACAACGUCUAGCACAACAAGAACCACCUCCACAACCUCUAGCACCACUUUGUCUUCCUUUACUCUCCCUGCUCUGAUCCAAGGGCCAAUCGCAGCACUUGGCCCCUCGCCUCCUACCACAGGGCCUCAGUGGGUGACGGGAUCUUGGAUGGCAUGUUCCAGGACAUGUGACACUGGAUGGCAGAGCAGGACAGUUCAAUGCAAGGACCAACACGGAAAACUAUCUAAGAACUGCCUCGUAGGUGUCCGGCCCUCCGCCUUCAGGCACUGUUUGGUAAAGAAAUGUUAAGGUAGCAGUUUUGGACAAAAAGACUUGUUGGAACAAGUGGUGGAUUUAAGACAAUGAACCAAUUGAAACACAAGAACCUUAAACUGGAUUGUAAAUGUUGGUGAACAAAGCCAAGAUAAGGAGAUUUAAAGAAAGACUGGCAUGGAUGUACUUGACUUAAGCCCAGAGAAAUGACCUAUGCAGAGCUCAAGCAAAACGGUGUACCGCCUUGGAACAGCUAAGGACCCAAGUUGCAUAUAGUUUCCACAAUAAAUAAAAGUACUUACCGUUACUCCAGUUCAAUCCUGGAGGAUUGUUCCCAAUGAUGGCAUGUGUGUCUUUUUACGGCUACGACUAUGUCGUCACUACAGUCACAUUUGUUUGUUCUUUGUGCCCGAGACAAGAGCCCCAUCAACGGGAAAUGCUUGAUGUUGAUUACUUGCAUGGCUACCUUGCUCCAGAGCCUGUAUCCUACACAUGAUGCCCUUGAAUCGCUCAGUCCUGCAUGUUUACCGUGAAAUGUGAUAGAAGAAUCUUAGGAAACACUGACCCACUAGAUCAGGAGUGCCAAACUCCAGCUCUUUAGAGUCCUGCUGGUUUCCAGAUAUACCUGCUUGCUCAACUCAAGGAACAGCACAGGUAGGGGUAGUUGGAAAUGGAUCAAGGACCAUUGAGGACUAGAUUCUGGCACUCUUGCUCUAGACUGUUGAUCUUUGUUGCAAUAUUCUUUGCUACUACUAGAUAAAUCUUCCAUCAUUAUAUUCCAUUCCAUUUGAUGAUGGUGACCUUUGCUUAGACCACAAAUUCCUAAUCUUCCUAUUAUGAGGACAACAAGAUGAGUGUAUGUGCUCGUGUACAAUAGCCUUGGAUCAGGAACGGCCAUGUCCUAGACCAGGGGUGUCAAACUCAUUUUGGUUCAGGGACCACAUCCAACCCAUUUGAUCUCAAGUGGGCCGGACCAGUAAUGUAAUAGCAAGAUAAGCUAUGGUCAACUUGUUAUCUGUAGAGUUUUUUUUUGUUUAGUUUUUUCUUUUUUUACCCAGGUGUGGCACCUCCUUGCAAAGAAAUACUGUUUAUUUCUUGAUCUCAUGUAUUCCGGUUUUUCUUUUCCUUUGCUUCCUCUAGUGGCAGAAUUGUAUAUUGCAGGCGAUUUCUUUAAAGAAUUGUAACUUGCCACAGGAAUGGGCUAAAAACUUAAUUUUUUUCCCGAACAUCCUCAUAUUUUUUUCUCUUCAUGACUGGGCUGGAUUAAACUAUCUGGCUGGCCGGAAGCGGUCCGUGGGCCGUUUGUUUGACACCCUUGUCCUAGACUAUGACUCUUUGUCUAGCUGAUGUGUUCAUUCAAAAGAUUGUCUUCCAAAAUCUUCCACAGUGGAAAGCAUCUAUGUGGAUGUUCUCCACAUUUGUGAAAAAUGCAGCCAAGACUGAAGUGGAAAAUCCACACAUUUUGGAAUCUAGUCAACAGAAAUAUGCAGUUCUGUAGAAAUACAGCUCGGAAAGAAAGUUCUUCCAGAAAACACACAACUGGUUCUGGUCAUUUUGAUCACAUGAGCAGAGUAGAAGUGGUUCCAGUGUUUUGAAAAAAACAAAAAUUAAACCAAGAUGCUGUUUAAUAUAUACGAAUGACUCAAUAAUUUGACAGAAGCCUGAGUCGUGUCUCCAUGGUGUUAACGUUUGUCUUGAGGCCUUUUCACACAUGAGACAAUAAUAUUUUAGUUUAUCAGACAGAACCGCAUCCAACCAGGAAUUAAUAACAGGUUUGGAAGUUGUGUAAAACAGAAAAUGGUGCUAAAAAGUAUUUCCAGAGGAUUUUGUGUUGGGUUUUUCUUGUUAGGUUCUCUUCACACCAGACUAGCCACCAUUCCCAUUUAAGCUGGUGUAAAUCAUUUUCUUUAUUGAAUCAAUUUAAUAAAAUAGCCAAUCAAUAUUUGUUUUAAAAACAAUUUAUUUGGUUAUAAAAAAAAUAGUUUACUUUAGUAAUGUUUGAAGUUUGGCACUAAAAGUGAAGAAAAUAGCAAUUUAUGUUUUUGAUUAAUCAAUUUAGCAUUUUCUAGUUGAAGAUUGCUUUAUUUUCAAUCAGUCUUGUUUUUAUUUGAAGCCAGCCUUAUAUCCUGCACAUAGGCUGAGGCUGGUCUAUAGAGCUGGACCAUAACACCAUUCAGUGGUGUGAUUGCUAAACAUGCUAGAGCAUGAAUGUGAGACCUUCUGCUGUGAGUCAAAUGCUCAAAACCUCAACGUAGACAAUUGACUGUAUAUGUGAGCUGAACUGAGUGACCCAAACAGGAAGCCCAUGCUGGUCCAAUAACCCAAAAUCCCAUUGACUUUUAUUGAGAAGUAAACAACUAUUACUCUGUCAUUUUAUUAGUCAGAAUAACCAUUCUUGCUCAGAUAUAUUUUUUAGACAUUUUUUUCUAACCGAGAAUUUUUCAUGGUUUUUUUUUUUUCUGUAGCGCAAGUUAUUAAAGUUAUAAACUGGCCAGUCGUCCCUUGAAAAAAGUAUGUAGUCUUACGUCCAACGUUCAAAACGGUUGACAGAUUCUCUUGAGCCAGCUUACAAGUGGGAUGGUUGGGGUGACGCCUUCCAACAAGCUCACCCCUGAUUGGCCAGAGUGGACAGACUUGGACCAAUCACUGCUUACAGACAAUUUGUAGUUCAAACAUUCAUAAUUGACUUCAUUUGACUGGAGCCUGAAGAAAGUUAUUUUUCUAUGGGUGAUGUCACACUCACUCGGUUCAGUUUUCAUAUACAGUCAUUGAAAUAAACCAACCUGCAAACAACUUUGAACUCCAUAAACAAGACAAAAAUGGAAAAAACAAAAAGUGUAUUUAUUUAACUCUGUGAAACUUUGUUUUACUCGGUAACAAGCCCAGCUUUCCAUUUAUUGGUUGAUGAAAACCAAUAGAAUUUGUUUUAUUUGAUCACAACGAAUCAAUGGCUUCCUGGUACUAUGUGUGAAGAGGGGUCUAAUGAGCAAACAUGCACAUUUCUGUCUCCAAAACUUUAAAAUCAGACCAUUUACUCCAGACUGUGUGUUUCUAGAAAUGUUUUCUUUCUCACUUAUAUCCUCAUUGUAAGGGUUUUGUUUGUGUGUUUGUGUGACUGGGUGGGUGUGAGCUGUCUCUGUAUGACAAUGUGUGCCCUGGAAACUGGCAGCAACAGCAACAGAUUUUAAUGCAGUCAUUUUUUGUCGUUUUGUUGUUUUUAUUUGCUUUUUUUCAGGUUGACAAAUAUGGUGGAGGAUUUUUGGUUAAAUUAGGAUCAAAAUGAAAAUAUACAUUUAGUGACAAAGGCCCAGACAUCAGAUGUGAUGCUAGCAUAAACGAAAAUGAGCUAAACUUUUGUGACUUUAUGUGGAAUCAAACCAACAGGAAGUUGUACUUUGUGUUUCAGAAUAAUUCACUAUGCAGACUUUUUUUUCUUUUUUAUCUUCAGGUAAAGUUGCAGUUUUACAGUCCUACUAAAGAAACAGCACAAACAAAAAUGAACCGAAGACUCAACACUAGCGCUACGUUCUGCUAAAGGUCUUCAAAACAUCUCGCGUUAGCUUCUCACUGACUGCUAACUUGUAUCAAAAAAGAGGAUCAAAAACAACCGUUUUGGGUCAAAAACUUUUGAUUAUUGCUCAGUAACAGAACAAAUAAACUAUUUUUGAUUUUUGAGGGAUUUCUAAACGAAAGCCUUUUUUUUUAUGUCACGAAAAACAUUUUUGUUGAACCAACCGGUUUCACCUCAGGCUAAUGCACAUCAAGCAUCAGGUCAUGUUUGUUUAUGUAGUGCCGUUUGUAAAUAUACAAAGUAAAAUAUUAAUAUCAAUAUUUUUGGUUCAUUAGCAUGUUUCGGGGGAAAAAAACAGGUCUUAUUUUUCACACGCAGAUUUUCACCUUUUGAAUAUAUGUAGCUACAUGUUACAUUUACAAACUAAAGAUUUAGUUUCAAGCUAAAUAUUAAUUUAAUAUAAGCUUAAUAUUCAUUUUGAAAUUAUAUUGUUAUCGUAAAAACUAAAUAUAAUAUUUUAGGAAAUUAGACAUUUAGUUUGCUAAUUAAACAUUUAGAUCUGACCUAAAUAUUUA